CAACCACCAUGACCGCCAAAGAAGACUGCGGCCACCACCUCGACGACGAACGCCGGAAAUUCUACCGCCUUAUAAUGGCAGCCAUACUCUCCGUUAUUUUCAUAAUUCUGUUCGUGAUUCUCCUCAUAUACCUCAUCCUACGCCCCUCAAAACCAAACUUCACCCUCCAAGACGUCACUCUCUACGCCUUCAAUAUCUCCACCGCCGCCACCACCGUCACCUCCAACCUCCAAAUCACGAUCUCCUCCCGCAACCCUAAUGCCCGCAUCGGGAUCUUCUACGAAAAACUUGAUGUUUACGCCACCUACCGGAGCCAACAGAUCACGCUACCAACACAAAUCCCGCCGUCGUACCAAGGCCACAAGGAUAUCACCGUUUGGUCGCCGUACCUGUAUGGAACUGAUGUUCCGGUAGCGCCGUAUCUGGUCAUGUCUUUGGCCCAGGAUGAGACCGCUGGAACUGUGCUGGUGAACGUUAAAGCUACCGGAAGAGUGAGAUGGAAAGUCGGAACUUUUGUUUCCGGCGGGUACCGGUUGAAUGUGAACUGUCCGGCGUAUAUCACGUUUGGGAACAAGAACGCUGGUUAUGCGGUUGGUCCUGCCGUUAAGUAUCAGUUGGUUGAAGGGUGUACUGUGGAUGUUUAACGUUACACUUCUUUAACGCCGUUAAAAACCGUCAUGCAAUUUUUUGAUUUUGGUAGUAUUAUGAGAAAAGAAAGCAAGGGAAAUCAAGAGGAAGGAAAUGUUGGUGAAAUUUCUAUUUUGAUCUUGUAAUAUUUUUUUUUCACAA